AUGCUUUGUGAAAACACGAUGUCUUGGCAUUAAAACAAUAAUGUAGAAUUAUUUUUGUUGCUAAAGCAUAAAUUUCUUGUCAAAUUUACUUAUUUGAAGACCCUACAGCUUCUCUCUAAGUUUAAUCCACAAUACCUUUCUCAAACAAUUAGAUUGUUAAUUAAUCCAUCCGGAUGAG